AUGGCCUUCAUCCGGCAGACAUGGACGCUCUGCCAGAAGACUCUGACCAUUGUCUUCAUGCGCCACUGGCUGUCGACCCUCAUCCAGGCCCUCUUGGCUCCGGUCAUAUUCAUGUUCAUCAUCUCUUACGCCAAGAACUUCUUCAUCCCGCCUAGUCAGUUUGGCAUCGGCUCGCCCGCACCGAUCCGAUCUCUUAGCGACGCAGUGGCAGCUUCAGCGGGAGGCCGUGACACCAUCGCCAUCGUGGACAAUGGCUUCAAGGGAGGAGACAUUGCGAGGGUCGUCGAUUCCAUUUCCGCUCCCAUCAGGGCGCAAGGCAAGACCGUGGCGGUGCUGGACGACAACACGGCUCUUUUGAGGACUUGUCCAAGCUCCAUUCGCGGAGUCUCUCCAUGCUUUGCGGCGGUCGUCUUCGAAUCCUCCCCAACCGAAGGACCCCAUGGGCUCUGGAACUACACCCUCCGCGCCGACGGCUCGUUCGGUGAGAAGAUAUACGUGAAUCAGGGAGACAACGAUGCUCAGAUCUAUGCACUGCCCUUACAGCGUGCAAUCGACAGCGCCAUUGCCUCACUCAAUGGAACGACUCUUCCCGACGUCCAGGAAUAUCCAUAUACUUCCGAGACACCCGAACAACGCGACCGCCAGAUAAACCGACUCUACAUGGGCUCGCUCAUCAACAUCCUUGGAGUGGCCUACUUCGUGGGCAUCGUGGGAAUCUGUUACCAGCUCACUGGACACAUGGCCCUCGAACGAGAGCUUGGUAUGUCGCAGUUGAUUGAAGCCAUGAUGCCCAAUCGCAAACGAUGGAUACCACAAGCCGCUCGUCUGCUAUCGAUCCACAUUUCAUUCGACAUUCUCUAUUUGCCGAGUUGGAUCAUUAUGGGCGCAAUCGUAGCUCGGCUCAACUACACUCUUUCUGGCACGGGCGUGAUGAUCGGAUACUUCAUCAUGUCCGGAUUAGCCCUCUCCUCCUGGUCCUUGGGGUUUGCCGCGCUGUUCAAGAAGGCUCAGCUCAGUGGUAUCACAGUCACAAUCACGUCGAUUGUUCUUGCCAUCAUCAUUCAGGUCAUACCCCCUCCAUCCACGGGUGCUGCGAUUGUCCUCAGUCUGCUUUUCCCGCCCAUUAACUUUGUUCUAUUCAUCAUCUACAUGGCGUACUGGCAGCAAAGCAACCAGGCCGUGAACUUGAACAUGCAUGCUCCCACGGCGCCGUGGAUGAUGCCAGGAUACGCAUUCUUCAUCUUCUGCGCCAUCCAGAUUGUGGUAUAUCCGAUCAUUGGUGCAUUCUUUGAAAGGACGCUGUACGGAACGGCUUCAAAAGCCCGACGCCUACGGUAUUCUGAGGAAGAAGCCCCAGAAGCCCUCCGGAUCACUUCCCUGGCAAAGCACUACUACCCUGGCUGGUGGUCGAGGAUGGUCGGAUCGCGCUUUACGAAAACGCCGAAGCAAACAGUACGUGCCGUUGACAACUUCGACUUGUCGCUGCUCAGGGGACAAAUUGGCGUUCUACUGGGUGCCAACGGUAGCGGAAAGAGCACAACACUCGAUAUGCUGGCAGGACUGCAGAAGCCGACUGCUGGGUUGAUUGAGAUGGAUGCCACGGGAGGUAUCGGUUUGUGUCCGCAGAAGAACGUCCUCUGGGACGAAUUGACCGUCAUCGAGCACGUCCGCAUCUUCAACAAGCUCAAAGCCAACACAGUCGACUCGGAAGCGCAGUUGAAAGAGUUGGUCGCAGCGUGCGAUCUGGACGAAAAGAUCAAUGCGCGCUCGGAAACACUUUCCGGAGGACAAAAGCGCAAAUGCCAGCUGGCGAUGAUGCUGACAGGCGGUUCCAGUCUGUGUAUGCUGGACGAGGUCAGUUCUGGCCUUGACCCUCUGAGUCGAAGAAAGAUCUGGGAUAUCUUGCUCGCAGAGCGAGGCAAGCGCUCGAUGCUUCUGACGACGCAUUUCCUUGACGAGGCGGACCUUCUAUCCGAUGACAUUGCGGUGCUUUCCAAGGGCAAGCUCGUAGCGCAUGGCUCCGCGGUCGAAUUAAAGCAUCAUCUGGGCGGUGGAUACAGAGUCCGAAUAUACCACGAAGAUGAAAGGGCGCUGCCGGAGAAGCUCGAUGCGACUUCGAAGCAAGUUUUGCAUGAUCAGACCGUAUACAACCUAUCCGACUCGGCGUCCGCAGCACAGUUCAUUGCUGAGCUCGAACGGAACGGUGUUCGGGACUACCAAGUAAACGGACCGUCAAUCGAAGACGUCUUCUUGAAGCUCGCUGAAGAAGUGAAGGACGAGCUCGAGAAAGAUGGCGCGCCGAUCAAUGCUGCGGGUGAAGCUGAGAAGCCCUUGUCACUUCUGCCGGGAAAGAAUCUAUCAUUCUUUGGACAGACCUGGGUGUUGUUUCGAAAACGAAUCACAAUUCUGAGGCGCAACAAGUGGCCGUACCUCGCAGCAUUGCUCAUUCCCAUCAUUACCGCCGGAUUGGUCACGCUCUUUUUGGUGGACUUUCCUGGUCUCAGUUGCUCACCGGCAGCUCAGGUCUCGCAGCAAGAUGCUGUAUCAUUCAACAACUGGGUCGCGGCUUGGGCGAGAAUGCCGUAUGGUCCUCCAUCACAAGUGCCUGUCCAAGAACUGCGAGGACUGUAUACCAACCUCACGCAACGCUCAUUGAUCCCGGUCAACUCGUUCCAGGAAUUCAAUGAUUACAUCAGCACCAACUUCACUCGAGCUCGUCCCGGCGGUUUCUACAUCGGCGACACACCAACUCUUGCAUGGCGUGGCAAUUACGACUUGUACUAUCCAGUCACAGCGAUGAACUUGCUGGACAUCAGCUUGACAAGGAUACCGAUCGUGACAUCUUAUCAAUCGUUUGAUGCUGCAUGGGCACCUCAAGCUGGUAAGACACUGCAAUUUAUCCUGUACUUCGGACUGGCCAUGUCGAUCUUCCCGUCCUUCUUUGCACUUUACACGAACAUGGAACGAAUUCGGAACGUACGAGCUCUACACUACAGCAACGGAAUCAGAGCGGGACCCCUGUGGACCGCAUACACAGGUUUCGACUUCCUGAUUGUACUGCUGGUAUCUAUCAUCACGAUUGCGAUCUUCGUCGGCGCAUCGGGUUCCUUCUACGGCCCUGGGUACCUCUUCAUCGUGUUCGCGCUCUACGGCCUUGCUGGGACACUGGCGUCGUACGUGGUGUCACUGUACACGACGAGUCAGCUGGCAACGUUUGCCUUCGCCGCGGGAGGGCAGUGCGGUUUCUUCUUACUGUACUUCAUUGCCUACAUGUGCAUCAUCACCUACUCGCCGGCCGCAAACGUUGACAGCUACGUCAAUAUUGCGAACUUCACAAUCGCGCUCUUCUUCCCGUCGGGCAACUUACUGCGAGCAUUGCUAUUGACUUUCAAUGAAUUUUCGCUGCUUUGCCGUGGAGACCAGGUCGCUUCGUACCCCGGCGAGACCACAGUUUACGGCGGUCCUAUCCUCUACCUCAUCCUACAGUCACUGUUCUUGCUGCUGGUCCUUGUAUGGGUUGACAGUGGAUGGAAGCCCAAACUCUUUGCACGCGGCGGGCACCGCCCCACAGACGCCGAGGAAGAGGUAGAGGAUGUGGAUGGUGAAGUUUACCGUGAAGCUGCUCGAGUGGACACUUGCAAGGACGAGCUGAAAGUCAAGCACGUCUCCAAGGCCUUUGGAAGCAACGUCGCGGUCCAGAACGUGUCCUUUGGCGUACCUCACGGAGACACCUUUGCGCUGCUCGGACCGAAUGGUGCUGGUAAGAGUACAACUAUUGGUCUCAUCAGAGGAGACGUGAGGCCGAGUGAGAAGGCUAGCGACAUCUUGAUUGAGGACGUGUCCAUCAUCGACCAUCGGGCUGCCGCAAGAGCAAACCUGGGCGUUUGCCCUCAGUUCGACGCCAUGGAUCAGAUGACCGCCAUCGAGCACUUGCGAUUCUAUGCCAGGGCCCGGGGCGUCGCUGACGUGGAACAUAACGUCGAGCAAGUCAUCCACGCCGUCGGUCUGCAACCUUUCAAGGGCCGUAUGGCUGCCAAGCUGUCUGGAGGCAACAAGCGGAAGCUCAGUCUGGGCAUAGCAUUGAUGGGUAACCCAUCUGUCCUACUACUCGACGAGCCCAGCAGCGGCAUGGACGCAGCAUCGAAGCGGGUGAUGUGGAGAACCCUCAGCUCCGUCUCCGAGGGGCGAUCGCUCGUCUUGACCACGCAUUCGAUGGAGGAAGCGGAUGCCCUCGCGGAUCGAGCGGGUAUCAUGGCGAAGCGCAUGCUCGCCCUCGGCACCAGCGACGAGCUCCGCAAGCGCCACGGCGAUGCCCACCACGUCCACCUCGUGCAUCGCGACGCGCCCUACAGCAGCGACCAAGACAUGAACGAGAUCAAGGCGUUCAUCCGCAACACCAUCCCCGGCGCCACGACCGAAGAGCGCGUCUUCCACGGCCAGCUGCGCUUCACCGUCCCCAACGAUCGCACCGCAUGGCCCAGCGAAGAAUCCUCCCUCCUGAACGACUCCGAUCUCGACGACAAGAAAGCCGCCGCCUUCACCACCGUGACCUCCACUACCCCGGACAACGCAAACAACAGCAUCAGCGCCCUCUUCGCCCAGCUCGAAGCCCACAAGGACAAACUCGGUUUCGGAUAUUACAGCAUCUCCCAGGCGACUCUCGACCAGGUCUUCCUCCGCAUCGUCACCAAACACAACGUCGUGGAGGAGAACUAUGCCCGAGAACAUCCCCGGAGCUUGAGUGUUUGGGGGAAGUUGAAGAGGACUUUGGCGACGGUUUAUCAUAAUGCUUGA